GUGACGCUUUAUAGCCAUCAAGGAGGUCCCAAUGGCUGGAAGGUCGCAACAGUGCUCAAUGAGCUAGGUCUAAAAUAUCGCACCAUUUUCAUUGACUUCAAGAAAGGUGAUCAUCGGAAAGAAGAGUUUCUACGACUCUGCCCAAAUGCGCGUAUUCCGCUAUGUGUCUUUCACAGGGAUGACGACUUUGCCGUUUGGGAAUCCGGAGCCAUCUUGCUCUACCUCGUCCAACACUACGAUCCAAAUUACACACUCUGGUCGCGUGAUCGUAAAGAGCAAUCACAAAUAACAUCCUGGAUCAUGCUUCAAGUCUCAGGGCACGGCGUCAUACAGGGACAAGCAUUCUGGUUCAAAUUCUUUCAUCAUGAAGCAGUUGAAAGCGCAACACGUCGCUAUAUUGAUGAAACACGACGCGUGUAUGGCGUUCUCGAAGUGAGAUUGGCAGAAGCGCGUGAAGAGCUUUGGGAUCAUGCAGAGCGUGAGGAUGUGCUACCGGAAGCAUUGCAUACCUACCCUGUGUGGCUCGUUGGGUCGUCCAUGACGAUUGCAGACUUGUCGUACCUCACCUGGGCAAGAACGGCGCAUCGACUCGAUAUCGAUUUGGAGCAAGAGUUUCCAGAGGUCGGUAGAUGGGUGGAUAAUAUGCUUGCACGGCCAAAAGUCGCCGAGGCAUUG